UCUCUAUAUUAAUUAAGCCCCUUUCUCUUUUGAUAUUGACUUCUCUCUCUAUCGAUUCUUCUCCCUGUUUCAAUCAAAAUCAGAUUUUUUUUUAUCUCAGCAAACCCUAAGUUUCAACGAAUCGUAUUCAGUUUCUUCUUCUUACGAUACCAAUCGAAUCGCCAUGGCUAAGAGUUCUUUCAAGGUUUCUAACCCUCUUGAGGCAAGGAUGAGUGAAUCUAGUCGAAUCAGAGAGAAGUAUCCUGAUAGAAUCCCAGUGAUUGUGGAAAAGGCUGGACAAAGUGAUGUCCCUGACAUUGACAAGAAGAAGUAUCUUGUACCAGCAGAUCUAACCGUGGGACAGUUUGUGUACGUGGUUCGCAAAAGGAUCAAGCUUGGAGCUGAGAAAGCUAUCUUUGUCUUUGUCAAGAACACUUUGCCUCCAACUGCUGCGUUGAUGUCUGCAAUCUAUGAAGAACAUAAAGAUGAAGAUGGGUUCCUCUACAUGACUUACAGCGGAGAGAACACUUUUGGAUCUCUUACCGUUGCUUGAAUAAAAAUCAAUCUUUCGGAUGACUUUGAUGUACAUACAUAAAUCAGGAAGAUAACAUGUACAUUGCUUCCUUAAGUCUCUCUGGUUUUUUUUUUUUACUUUGCUUUGGAUCAUUGGAUGUUUGAAUCUCUUUUGCCUUUUGGGUUUAUUAAUUGUCAGAAACCUUUCUUUUUUCUUA